GCAUGAAAGGAGAAACAAGGCCAGUUCAGAUGAGGUUAGGUCUCUCUAUCUUGUAAAACAGAAACAGAGGCACACCUGAAGACAGCAAAAUCAUCUCUGUUUCGAAUUCAAUUCAAUCAAGCACAACCAUGGCUCAUUGUCUCACAAUCAACAAUGUAAGGUUCCUGUCUAUGCCUCUGUCUCUGUCUCUGUCUCUGUCUCUAUAUUCUUUUAUUUGAGAAAAAAAUUUCAUAAUUUUCAGUUUUGAUGGCCUGUCAUUUCCCUUCGAGCUCUUCACUACACCCCAAAACCACCAUAAAACCCCACCAAAUCCCACUAAGAACCAUCACUUACCCUUCCAUUAGAUGCAAGAAACAAGACCCAAUUCUUGAGAAUGAUAACAAAACUGAAAAUACCAAUAAAAAAACCCAUUUCAGUUUUCUCUCUUUACCCAUAACUCUCACUAUUAUCUCCACCUCUCUCACUCCACACCCUGCCUUUGCUGCCACACCAACACCCAAAACUUACCAUAAAAAGAAAACCUUAAAAAAGACACAACAAGAAGCCUUGACACCGGACCAGCUUAAACAAUGGUCUCAGAAUCUUCCAGUUGUAUCCAAUAGAAUACCAUAUACUCAAGUUUUGAUUUUAAAAGAGAACAACAAGCUUAAGCAUGUAAUUAAAGCGCCUAAUGCCUCUUUAAAACAACGUCCGGAGGCUGUUUUAGUGGUUUUAGAUGAUAAUCAAGUGUUCAGGACUGUCUUGCCCUCGUUAGAGAGUAAUAGGAGGUUUUGGGAUUCAUGGGAUGAGUUCAAGAUUGAUGCUUUAUGUGUGAAUGCAUAUUCCCCUCCGGUUAAGAGACCUGAGCUUCCUAAGCCAUAUUUAGGAUUUUUGUGGAAAGUUCCAGAGUUUAUGCUGUCGAGGUUAAAGCCUAAGAAGGAGUCCAAGAGAGCUAUGGAGUUGAGGAUGGCCAGAGAGGAGUUUAAGAGGCAAAGAAAGGAGGAGCUGAAGAAAAUGAGAGAGGAAAGAGAAAUAAUCGAGAAGGCAAUCAAGAUGCAAAAGAAAGACGAGGACAGGAGGAGAAAGAGGGAGACUAGGACAAAGAAGUAUGAAGAGUCAUUGCGUGAUGCUCGGAAGAAUUAUACAAGAAUGGCAAGUAUGUGGGCAAAUUUAGCACAGGACUCAAAUGUGACAACUUUGUUAGGGUUGGUGUUUUUUGUAAUAUUUUAUCGUACAGUGGUGCUUAGUUAUCGGAAGCAGAAGAAGGACUAUGAUGAUCGGCUCAAGAUUGAGAAGGCAGAUGCUGAAGAGAGAAAGAAGAUGAGGGAGUUAGAGAGGGAGUUGAUGGGUAUUGAAGAAGAGGAAGAAGAUGAGAGCGUGCCUGGGAAAGCGGAGCAGAAUCCAUAUUUGAAGAUGGCUAUGCAGUUCAUGAAGUCAGGAGCACGUGUUAGGCGUGCACAUAAUAAGAGAUUGCCUCAGUACUUGGAAAGGGGUGUGGAUGUGAAGUUCUCUGAUGUUGCAGGACUUGGGAAAAUACGUCUUGAACUCGAGGAGAUUGUGAAAUUUUUUACACAUGGAGAGAUGUACCGCAGGAGAGGAGUGAAGAUCCCAGGUGGCAUACUUCUUUGUGGUCCCCCUGGGGUGGGGAAAACUUUACUGGCAAAAGCUGUGGCCGGUGAGGCAGGUGUAAACUUCUUCUCCAUCUCUGCAUCUCAAUUUGUGGAAAUAUAUGUUGGAGUUGGUGCUUCUCGAGUUCGAGCACUUUAUCAAGAAGCAAAGGAAAACGCUCCAUCUGUUGUUUUCAUUGAUGAACUGGAUGCUGUUGGAAGGGAGCGUGGUUUGAUUAAAGGUUCUGGCGGACAAGAACGUGAUGCCACUCUUAAUCAGCUCCUUGUAUCCUUGGAUGGGUUUGAAGGUAGAGGGGAAGUGAUCACUAUUGCUUCCACAAAUAGACCAGACAUUCUAGACCCAGCACUUGUGAGGCCUGGGCGGUUUGAUCGAAAAAUAUUUAUACCUAAACCUGGCCUCAUAGGCCGCAUGGAAAUUCUGAAGGUUCAUGCUCGUAAGAAACCCAUGGCUGAUGAUGUGGACUAUAUGGCUGUUGCAAGCAUGACAGAUGGAAUGGUUGGUGCAGAGCUCGCCAACAUAAUUGAGGUUGCUGCAAUUAAUAUGAUGCGUGAUGGAAGGACUGAGAUUACAACUGAUGACUUAUUACAAGCUGCACAAAUAGAGGAAAGAGGAAUGCUGGAUAGAAAGGAAAGGAGCCCUGAAACAUGGAAGCAAGUAGCUAUUAAUGAAGCAGCCAUGGCUGUUGUGGCUGUGAACUUUCCUGAUCUCAGAAAUAUCGAGUUUGUAACAAUUGCUCCCAGAGCUGGCAGGGAACUUGGUUAUGUUCGGAUGAAAAUGGAUCAUGUCAAAUUUAAGGAAGGAAUGCUUAGUCGGCAAUCCCUUCUGGACCAUAUCACUGUUCAACUGGCACCACGUGCAGCUGAUGAGCUUUGGUAUGGUGAGGGUCAGUUGAGUACAAUAUGGGCUGAAACAGCAGACAAUGCUAGGUCAGCAGCACGGAGCUAUGUUCUUGGUGGCCUUUCUGAGAAACAUCAUGGUCUAUCCAACUUCUGGGCUGCAGAUCGAAUUAAUGAAAUUGAUUUGGAGGCACUACGGGUUAUGAACUUUUGUUAUGAUGGUGCAAAAGAGAUUCUGCAGCAGAACCGAAAACUGAUGGAUGCUGUUGUUGAUGAACUUGUCCGAAAGAAAAGUUUGACCAAACAAGAAUUUUUUAACUUAGUUGAGUUGCAUGGUGUGAUCAAACCUAUGCCACCAAGUAUACUCUACAUCAGGGUUGCCAAGCGUGCACAGUUUCAAGAAAUGUUGGUGCACCAGAAUGAAACAACUAUAACAAGCAAUGCAAGAGCAACAUGCCAAGAGAGCUCAAUUUAGCAUGGAACUCGAUCUUUGUUUAUGCUGCAACAUUAGCCAAGGAAAUUAGCCAUGGGAAGCAGCUGUUACCUUGAUUGCAUGGUAAAAAUGAACGGCUAGUUGUGAACCGUGCAAAUUAUCACCUUGAUCUAUCACGGAUGAGCUGAUACAAUAGGCACACAGAAGUCCAAGUUACGUGCGGGGAGAAAUUUUGACGGUGCUUCAUCCUUUUACCUUUUUUCUGAACUCCCAUAUAUUCUGCAAUCAUUUUCUGUUUUGCUUCACAUAUUAUGAUUUGUUUUUUGUCGAAUAGGCUUUAGUUAGCUUGUAUUUGCUUCUUACUAACUGGUUGUGCCCUCAAAGGCCAAGCCAUUCCUAUCUCUGUGCUGAGUUUUACUGAAUUGCUAAUGAAAUUUUUUUCUCA